UUCUCUCUCUAUAUUUAGUAUCUCACAUCUGCGAAACUCAAGACAGAUAGUACUAUAAAAAACUUCAAAUCAAAAUCCAGCCAAACACACCUCUCUCGAACUUCACCACCAAGCAAUUCAGAAAGCCCUAAACCUAUUCUCUCGGAUCAUGUAACCUCCCUCUCUGUCUCUCUAUAUUGGAUUGUGUUUCUGGGUUGUGUUGGAUUCGAUUUGGAGACCCAAAAAGCGCGAUCAUCAUGACUCGGCGGUGUUCUCAUUGCAGUCACAAUGGCCACAACUCUCGGACCUGCCCAAACCGUGGGGUCAAGCUCUUUGGGGUCCGCUUGACCGAUGGAUCGAUCCGGAAGAGUGCCAGUAUGGGUAACUUGACCCAUUACACCGGAUCCAAUACCGGUACUCCUCAAAAUGGCGUCUCCGGCCACAACGACUCUCCCGGCGGCGACACGCCGGACCACGGUGGCGCCGCCGAAGAUGGGUAUGGCUCGGAGGACUUUGUUCCCGGAUCGUCGUCGAGCCGUGAAAGAAAGAAAGGCAUUCCAUGGACUGAAGAGGAACAUCGGAUGUUUCUAAUUGGUUUGCAAAAGCUUGGCAAAGGUGAUUGGCGUGGAAUAUCUCGCAAUUAUGUAAUAUCAAGAACGCCCACACAGGUGGCCAGCCAUGCCCAAAAAUAUUUCAUCAGGCAAUGCAAUGUGUCUAGGAGAAAAAGACGCUCCAGCCUAUUUGAUAUUGUUGCAGAUGAAUCAGUCGACACUCUUGUGGCCUCACAUGAUUUCUUUGCUGUCAACACUCCACAAGCCGAGACACAAACAAAUAACCCAUUGCCUGCACCUCCUGCUUUGGAUGAAGAAUGCGAAUCAAUGGAUUCUGCAAACUCUAAUGAUGUAGAACCUGUACUUCAAAAGCCCGAUAGUUCACAGUGCUGUUACCCAGUUCUAUUUCCCGCUUAUGUCUCCCCUCCGUUCUUACCGUUCUCUGUUCCAUUUUGGCCCGGGCACAAUAUGGAGCCGGCUAAAGCAGAGACACAUGAGGUGCUCAAGCCAACAGCGGUGCAUUCGAAGAGCCCAAUCAAUGUUGAUGAGCUUGUUGGCAUGUCAAAGCUGAGCUUAGGGGAAUCACUUGGAAAUGCAGGACCGUCUUCUCUCUCGCUCAAACUGCUCGAAGGCUCCACUAGGCAGUCGGCUUUUCAUGCUAAUCCUGGUUCUGACAGUUCACUUGUCGACUCGAGCAUCAAUCCAAUCCAUGCAGUUUAGAAGUUAGAUUUCUGGUCUUGAGGUUAUUAUGGGUAUUUCCUGUCUAUACAAAUACAAGACAAUAAUGUGCAGACUCUGCAGAGUCUGGUUUGAGUUCAGUUGAUAGUUGUGUUUGUUGGAUAGCCUUUGGUAAGUUUUAUUAGGAGUUAAUUUAAAAUUCAUAUCAUACUUGGUAGGAUGUAGCAACUUCUGUCACAAAUUGCUUGAACUUUCAACAAAAUUGUGUCAAUUUUUAUUUUGCCUUUUCCUAAGCUUAGUGUUCUGUGCUGUUAUCAUUUUAUUAAUUGAUACUUUAUGUUUCCUAUCAGAAAA